GGUCCGGCUGCUGGUGCCUGCGAGGGGCUGCUGGCUGGCUCCCCCCGCCUUGCCAGUCAGUCGAGGGAGGGACUUGCCCGGAGGUGCGGAGGGUGCGCUUUGAUGGCCGGGGCCCCUUCCUGAAACGGACGGACGGCGACGUCGCAAGAGCUCUGGGAAGCCUCUGCAGGCCUUCAGAGUUGCAAAGGUUCCGUCCUUAAGGGCUGCCGAGAAAUAAAUUUGGAUGGGCGGAGAGACAGGCAGGGUGUUCAAGAAGGCCAGUCCCAAUGGGAAGCUCACCGUCUACCUCGGGAAGCGGGACUUCGUGGACCACAUCGAUGUGGUCGAUCCAGUCGAUGGCGUCGUCCUGGUUGAUCCCGAAUACCUAAAAGAAAGGAAAGUGUUUGCGACCCUGACGUGCGCCUUCCGCUACGGCCGCGAGGACCUGGACGUCCUGGGCCUGACCUUCCGCAAGGACCUCUUCGUCGCCAGCGCCCAGGCCUUCCCGCCGGUCCCCGAGGAGAAGAAGCCCCUCACGCGGCUCCAGGAACGGCUCAUCCGGAAGCUCGGUGAGCAGGCGCACCCCUUUACCUUCGAGAUCCCCCCUAACCUUCCCUGCUCUGUGACGCUGCAACCGGGACCUGAGGAUACAGGAAAGGCCUGUGGCGUCGAUUACGAGGUCAAAGCUUUCUGCGCAGAGAAUCCAGAGGAGAAGAUUCACAAGAGGAACUCGGUGCGCUUGGUGAUCCGCAAAGUCCAGUAUGCCCCCGAGCGCCCAGGACCGCAGCCGAUGGCCGAGACCACCCGGCAGUUCCUCAUGUCUGACAAGCCGCUGCACUUGGAGGCCUCCCUGGACAAAGAGAUCUACUACCACGGCGAGCCCAUCAACGUGAACGUCCACGCGACCAACAACACCAACAAGACCGUGAAGAAGAUCAAGAUCUCGGUGCGCCAGUACGCAGACAUCUGCCUGUUCAACACCGCCCAGUACAAGUGCCCCGUGGCCGUGGAGGAAUCCGAUGACGUCGUGGCCCCGAGUUCCACCUUCUGCAAAGUGUACACCUUGACCCCGUUCCUUGCCAACAACCGGGAGAAGCGAGGGCUGGCCCUGGAUGGGAAGCUGAAACAUGAAGACACCAAUCUGGCCUCCAGCACGCUGUUGCGAGAUGGAGCCAACAAGGAGGUUUUGGGCAUCAUCGUCUCCUACAAAGUGAAGGUGAAGCUGGUGGUCUCUCGUGGCGGCCUGCUGGGAGACCUUGCGUCCAGCGACGUGGCUGUGGAGCUGCCGUUCACCCUCAUGCACCCGAAGCCGAAGGAGGAGCCGCCGCACCGAGACGUUCCAGAAAACGAAGCUCCCCUUGACACAAAUCUUAUAGAGCUUGAUGCAAAUGACGACGACAUCGUCUUCGAGGACUUUGCACGGCAGAGGCUGAAGGGCGUGAAGGACGAGAAGGAGGAGGACGAGGACGGGACGAACUCCCCGCAGCUGAACGACAGAUAA